UGAGGACAUGACGAUCCGUUCAUCAUUUGUGCAGCUUCAUGCAUGUCAUCGGUUGUUGAUUGCUUUCCUCCAGCAAUUAAUAUACAGUUGAGUUUUACCCACCAAAAUACUUACAAGUCAGUCAUUUUCAGAGAAGAAUAAACCAAUUCACAAAGAAUACAAAGAAAAAAAAAAGCGAAAACAAGGAAAACCAGAGAAUAAUUAUAAGACUACAAGAUUCACCGAAGACAAAAUAUUGUUUUAUAAAACUUGUAAAAUGAAAGCCUAUAUACUUGGAGCCGUAAUUUUUUUGGUUAUCCAGACCACCCUGGCCAAUAACAACACCACAGAUGUCCCAUUCAAUUGUGAUUCCAUUACGCAGGAAAGAAAUAGUAGCGAAACAGGCGGCGGAGACUGUUUUUCCAUUAUGCGUUACUCAAUGAAUACGCUGGAUGAAUUGGUUAAAAGAAGUUACAACUGCUCUUACUUUUGGUCGGUUUACCAGCCUGGAUACGACUGCAGCUUGCAAUAUGGAUGUGAAAGUUACUUUGAAAUAUUCCUGUCUAGCGUCAGCUGUCAAGCACCGGCUUCUCCUACACCUGAAGUUAUACCGACAACUGAGAAGUCUUCAAAAAAUGCUGCUUCAUGGAUAACACCAAACUUUUCCCAAGCUUCAAGUAUAAUUGCAAUCAUAAUAAUAUCUCAGCUAUUGAACAACAAGAUUUUUUGAUUUAGAUUCCAUGUUUCACCUACUUUGUUUUUUUUUUUGUUGUGUUACAUAAUGCUUCUGUGAAAUAUGCUUUAGUUUUUAAAUGAAAUGGCUUGUAAAUGAUAUCUCGAUGUAUAAAAAUGAAAUCAUGGAUAUUUAGUAUACAUGGAUAAUGCAUAGUGUUUAGGCAAAGAAUGCCAUAAACACUGACCUCAGAAUGGUUCCUCC